AUGGGCGCGGUAAUGUCCUGUAUCCAGGGGAUCGGUGACUGUAUCAUGACAGUCAUCCGCGCGAUCGCUGGAGUCAUCAUGUCGAUUGUUAACGGCGUCGUCGCCGUCCUAUCAGCCAUCGCGGCUACUGUGGACGCCACGGCGGAGGAGGUACUCGUCGCACAAGACACACUAGUCAUGUCUAGGGGCAACGGCACGACCACCAGGCGGGCGUGUUCGUGA